GAGUGGCACGACGAUUGCGUCGUGUUUUUAUGUGGAUGUUUUUGUUUUUGUUGACACUCACAGUAGCACUGAUAAAGCAACAUUGAUCUUGUUGUCAGUAAUACAGCUAUAAAUAUAAGGCUGCCUUUACAUCGGCGUAAACAUUCACAUUCACAUUCUUUUAGUAGUCGUUUGACUUGCACCAAAUUCACAGUGUCACAACAGAUUGUCAGAUUUCGAGAGGAAUUUUAUUUUCUAAACCGCAUUUAUUCAAGGAAUAUUCGAUCAACACCAUUUAUAUCAAUAUUUCUGCCUUUGAAUUCUUUACAUUUUCGGUUGAAAUAUGGCUAAAGCCGGUAAUUCCUGUUGUCGUCAUGGCCCUGGCUAUGCAUCUCCUUUGGAUGCAAUGAAAAAUGGUCCACGCGAGAAGUUGCUGUACAUCAUUGCUGUUCAACCGGAUUUAAAGCAUUCGGAUGGUGAUUACUUGGCAACGGUUGAUGUCGAUCCAACGAGCAGUACAUACAGUCAAGUCAUUCAUCGUACGUAUACGAAGGCCAAAGGAAAUGAGCUGCAUCACAGUGGUUGGAAUACGUGUUCGAGCUGUUAUGAAGUGAAAGAUCAAGAUGUUGUUAUUCCGAAGCGUGACAAAUUAGUUUGUCCGGCACUCAAUUCGAAUCGAGUUUACGUGUUUGAUAUGAGCCAAGACGAACGGAAACCCGUUUUGUAUCGCGUAAUUGACAGCACCGUUUUGAAUGAGCACAAUGUGAGUGCGCCGCAUACAACGCACUGCAUGUAUGACGGAACGGUAUUGAUUUCAACAAUGGGUGACCGUGAUGACAAUGCAAAAGGUGACUUCAUUCAAUUUGAUAAUCAGUUCAAUUGUCUUGGCACAUGGGCACGUGGCGACAAACAACCCGAUUGUGGCUAUGAUUUCUGGUAUCAGCCGCAUUUUGAUGUACUUGUCGCUUCUGAAUGGGGUGCACCAAAGCUGUUUAAACGAGGUUUCAAAAUGAGUGACAUCGAAAAUCCAAAGGAAUAUGGUCGCACAUUGAACUUCUAUCGCCUUUCCGAUCACAAGCUUUUCCAAACAAUCGACUUGGGUACAGAUGGAAUUACACCAUUGGAAGUGCGAUUUUUACACGAUCCGCUCAAGGCAAUCGGCUUCGUUGGAUGUGCAUUGAAUUCGAAUUUAUACUGUUUCUAUCGACCGAAUGAAAACGACGAACAAUUCGUGUGUGAAAAAGUCGUUGAUAUUCCAAACAAGAAACUGUCGGUUGACGGCGUUGAAACGGAGAUCGGCGGAAUGAUGGCAGAUAUUCUACUUUCGUUAGACGAUAAGUGGUUGUAUAUGAACAAUUGGUUACACGGUGAUGUGCGUCAGUAUGACAUAAGCAAUCCGAAAAAGCCGAUUUUGAAAGGUCAAUUGUUUUUGGGAGGCGUUGCCAAUCGCAAACCAAACGUUCGCAUCGUUGACGAUAAGGAAUUGGACUAUGAACCAAAACCUGUAUUUAUGAAAGGCCGUCAAUUAGAAGGCGCACCGCAAAUGUUACAAUUGUCUUUGGAUGGGAAACGGCUUUAUGCUUCAUCCAGUUUAUAUUCACCGUGGGAUCGUCAAUUCUAUCCGGAUAUGGUAGCAAAAGGCGGUCACGUGGUGUUGAUCGACGUGGAUACCGAAGAAGGUGGGCUUACAUUAAAUCCAGAUUUCUUCGUCGAUUUUGGCGCCGAACCGAAUGGCCCAGCCUUACCACACGAGAUUCGUUACCCUGGCGGCGAUUGUACUUCCGAAGUUUGGCUAGCUCAAACAGCAAAUAAAUAAAUCGUUUCACAACUUAUCGCAAACAAAAAUGUUUUUAUACCAUUCAUAAUGGCACAAAGUCCAUAGAGAGGUCAUCAUUUAAUCAGAGAUUAUUUCCUAUUUAGGAAACAUAUAUGGUCAAUUCUACGGACCUGUAACGUUACCAGUGGACUGUAUAUGUUUAAAUCUCCGCUAUCUAUGAAAGAUAUCAAAAAACUGUCGAGGUAUAAAAUGUAGCUGAACAUGAGUACGAUCAUUCGCAAAUAAUAAACUCGUGAGUUUUUUUUUAUUUGUUUGGAGAUAUGGGCAAAUUAGUUAAGUGGUUCAAAAUUCGUAGGUUUUCAUACAUUUUUUUGUCAUCUCUCAACUUGAACGCUCAUAUUUCCACAUAAAUCAAAGAAAUUCACUAUUUUUCUAUUUGCGAAUAAUAAAACACAUCUAGAGCUACUUUUUAUGCUUUGAUAGUUUUUUGAUAUUUUCUAUGCUAGUGGAGUUAUGAGCAAAUGCAGUGCACUGGUAACGUUACUUGUACGCCGUAGAAUUGACCAUAUAUUGAUGUACCAAGUGAGUUGCACUUUCACUCGUCAAUUGAAAUAAAUAUCAUAUUUUACAUUACAAA